UCCCGUUUAAGACCGCCUCCGCAAGUCGGUCUCAGCCGAGAGGGCAACGGCAGCGUCGCUCCGCUUUCAAUAAUAAAAAAACAUUAUACUGAAGAUAAAUUCAUGUCGACUCAUGGACCUGAAGUAAUGAGAUAUUCUUCGGCCUAACAGUGGUUGUCCAGGUGGCUUCAGAUGGAUUGAUUUAAACCUGCAAGAUAAUGGAGGGAGCUGGGCCCAGAGGAAGACGGAAUAUAACAGCUCCUGUGGGCACAAUACUGCUCCUCGUGUGCAUGUUCAUUCCCGCUUUGGCAGCAUUACAAAGUACUGUGCAACCAAAAUGCAAAUCUUGGGAAUAUGACAAUGAAAAGGGACAUUGUUGUGACAAAUGCCAUGCAGGUUUUAAGCUUUUAGAGGUGUGUCAUGGUGAUGGUCAGAGAAGUAAGUGCGUGCCCUGUCCUGAUAGACAAUACACAGACCAGAUUAACUACUCCCCCAACUGCAGAAGUUGCAGCACCUGUAAAAAGAAUGAAAUCCUGACAAAGCCAUGUGGGAGAAGUCAGAACACUAUUUGUCAAUGUAAAGACGGUUAUUACAAAGCUUUCAUCGACUCAGGAACGUACGAGUGUCGCAAAUGUACAAAAUGUGGACCUGACGAAACAACAAUAAAAACCUGCACACCAGAACAAAACACUGUUUGUGAAUGUAAGGAGAACUACUACAGAGUCAUGAGAAAAUGUGAACCCUGCAAGAGUUGUGGCCCUCAGUGCAGUCAGCACUGUACACCUUCUGUUCAGAAUACAAAAGAUCCUGAUACCACAGUAAAUGAAUUCCCUGUAAACAUAAUUAUUGGAGUUGGAGCUGUGGUGCUUGUGUUGUUUGUGCUGGCGGUUCUUGUCACCUACAUGGCUACAAAAUGGUUUACCAAGCAGACGUUGCUACAGCCAUCCUCCCAGCCGUCUGAUGUUUCCCCAGACUCUUGCGAGCAGGUCCUAAUCAGUGGUGAGGAACCUUUGGACAACAGCAGUGUCAAAGCCAUUCCCAAAAUCCCUACGACUGAGCAGGAGCCAUCCAAUCUGCCAGACUGUGUCCCCCUUGAAAUCAAUAUCUCUGACCUGAUCUACACAGUACUGGAUCUAGUUCCCGUGCUGCAGGUAAAGCAGCUGGUGCGUAUUCUUGGUGUGAGGGAUACAGAAAUUGAACAAGCAGAGUUGGACAACAGAUCCUGCCGGGAGGCUCACUACCAGAUGCUGCGGGUGUGGGCUGAGAGAGGGUCACAUGUGGGCGGAGGAGGGCGACGAGGUGGAAUGCUUCACCGGCCAUUGUUGCAGGAGUUGUUAGACAAACUGAGACAGAUGCACCUGGGACGGGCGGCAGAGGAGCUUGAGACAAAGUAUGGCAUUCAGUAGUCCUCCCAACACGAGCCAAGUGGAAUAAAAUGCUUAUUAAGCCAAGUAUUAUUCUCUUUAGAGACUAUACAAAAAGACACGGUGCUACCAUCAAAGCAGCAGCAAACCAGCAUCACUGAACACUCUACCUCUCUUGCGCAUCAUCCACUGACAGGACAUGGUCAAACUAUGAGAGGCAGCGAUCAAAAUGUUCAAGGAGGGAUAGCCACUGAAAGUGGAAUUUGGCACUGAAAAGUUCUACUUUGAGCAAUGUAUAUAACUGCAAAUAUAUAUUUUUUUAAUGUUUAAGGAAUAGUUAUUUUGAGGAAUAGUCUCAUUUUCUUUCUUUCCAGUAGUUAAAUAAGGAGAUUGAUAUCACUCUCAGAUCUGAGAGUUUCAUUUCAUCAUCUAACAACUUCACCAAAAGAUGUAUAUUAUAGUAGUUUUACUGGAAAUAUGAGUUAGUAAUAUUCUUUAUGAUUUCAUAUGGAGGUGAUCACUUGUUAUUGUACAUGUGGCUGAAUCAAUUUUAACUGAACAACAAACUAUCACUCCAUUCUUUCUGCCAUAUCCGCAGCUAUGUUUAAACAUUAUUGCACACAUUUUUUAUUUUUUAUUUUUAGCACAGGGAAGUUACAAUUAAAUAGUUACUAUUUAGUCUGUACCAUAAAGUUAACUAGUAAUGUUUUAAGUAGUUCCUGUUUAUACUUAAAAAAAAGAGAGAGACCGAAAAGUUCUGGUCUUCUGUAUAAAGACUUUAUGGGAACAAUAACAAACCUAGGGAAUAGUUCAUGCUGAGCAUGGACCAAGACCCCAGCUUUUCACAGCCUAAUUAGCAUUCUUUUAAGCCCCAUCAUACAAGCAUUAUUCAUUACUGUUGGACAAAACAGGACACGCCUAGUCUCGGUCUGUCUCAGCCAAGCAACUUUUAUAAUACCAGUUCCAGCCUGUAGAUUCAGAUAUGAAUCAGUCACACACUUACAGACUGAAGACGUGUCAUUCCUCAGCACUUUUACCCCCUGAAACUAUAUCAGCUUUUAUAAUACAGAAAUGUUUAUACAGUGGACAAUCAACGAUACUGCUAAACAGCAGGAAUGAUCUUUUAAUAUAUAAACUUUUAAUAAAUGUGUCAUAUAUCA